AUGUCCAACGUCAAGGAAUUCACUCUCGCCGAAGUCACCGGCCACAACACCAAGAAGGACCUGUACAUGGUCAUCCACGACAAGGUCUACGACUGCUCCUCCUUCGUUGACGAGCACCCCGGAGGCGAAGAAGUCCUCCUCGACGUCGCCGGCCAAGACGGCACCGAAGCCUUCGAGGACGUCGGCCACAGCGACGAAGCCCGGGAGAUCCUGGACGGUCUCUUCGUCGGGAACGUGAAGCGCAUGCCCGGUGACCCCGCCCCCCGCUCGCACGCCAACCCCUCCGCCGCCGCGGGUGCCUCCGGCGACGCCGCCGGCCUGGGCGUCGGCCUGUACGCCUUCCUCAUCGUCGGCGGACUGAUCGCCUACGGCGCGUACCAAUAUCUGCAGAAGGCGUCGCUUGCGUCGGAGCAGUAG